CAGCCAGUUGUACUUCGUAGUUUAAGCGCAACGGGUGGCGGUGUCGCUAUUACAAGUUAAAACCCAGUUUAUACUCGCACAUACAUAUGUAUAUACAUAUAUGGAAUUUGUCUAUGAAUCAUAAAAUGAAAUGAAAAAUGGAUAGGGAAAUGAUAUUGGACUUUAGCGAUUAUAGCACGGCAUAUGAGCGCAUUUUGAAUAAAUGGACUGAACACUCUAACGCAAACCCAAACGGUAAUAAAUAUUGCUGAAUUGUUUGUUGGUUAUCAUUUAAAACCGACAAUUCUUUCCCUCAAUUUAGAACCUAUAUACCAGUGGAGACUAACUGUCAACCCAAAUGAUGGUAAAUACCAGUGCAUACCAACUGAUGCAGUGUGGAAGAAGUGGCGUCGUACUAAGAAUUCGGCCAUGUCUUUAUGGGAUCUUAAUGAUGCUUGUUUAAAUAAUAUUCUCAAAUAUGCCUACAAAUAUGGUGUGUUUGUAUCAAAUGACGAUCAUUGGACAUAUCAUUGGAACAUGACUUGCCCACAAUUUAAGGAGUUUUAUGAUAAAACGUUUUUUAAAGAUAAGUUACAGGAGAUUGCCAGGACGAAAGCCGUUUCAUUGAAUGAAGAUAAAGACACACUAGAUGAAAUAAUACAGCGUAAUAUUAAUAUUGAUGAAGUGUAUGGGUUGGGUUUGACCAACUCAGACCUUAGUGCAAUUGAUUUGUUUCCGGGUAUAAAACGCUUGACAUUACGAAACUGUCAGCUCACAGGAAAAUAUAUAAAUGAGCUCACCGACUUGGAGAUACUUGAAUUGGAAGAUAUCGAGGGUUUGCAACCGAAAAAUCUGAGUCUAAUCUUUAAAAACAAUGAACUACGCGUUUUGAAAUUAUUGCGUGUACCCGGAGCGUUUACCGAACACUUAGCCUAUGAAAUCAGUCAAAAUUUGAUUAAACAGGAAGGAGAAGAUGUACAACAGCUAGAGGAAUUAGCUAUAAGUUCGGAUGAGAUAGACGGUUGCCAAGCGCUCGGUUGUUUGCGAUAUUUGAGGAAGUUAGAAAUAGACAUAAGCCAUUUGCGGCUAUAUAGUUGUGAAUUUCAAAAGUGUGCAUAUUUUUUCAAUGAAUUAAGUAAUAACAUUAACUUGCAGGAAUUGAAAAUCAUCAAUGGAAUUGUGACUCGAAAUGAUUUUGAAAUUUUAACGAUGUUGAGAAAAUUAAAAAAAUUAACUUUUCAUGUAACAGCGGGAGUGGACUUGAGGGACUUUUGUCGUUUUUCACAUUUAGAAGAACUACAUCUUUUUUCAACGUUUGUCUAUAUGAAAGAACUAAUGACGAUUCUCCGCGAUUGUCCACAACUAACCGUAUUUACAAUAAAAAUGUUCUUUGAUUAUACAACGGUCAAAUUUUCUGCCGCCAGCCAUUUAAUUAAGAUGCAAAAUCGAUAUAAAUUACCAGUGAGAGUGAGAGUGUCAUUGUCAUUGGAAACUGGGAGAUUAAGUGAGUUAGUGAGAAAACAUACAUAUUAUUUAAAUAUUGAAGAAUUCUUUGGAAACGAUGUUCCAGUAAUUUACUAGAAAAUGUUUUGUGGUUAUAUCUAACCUGCAAAAGACUAGAGAUCGAUAAAAAAACGAAUUAAGCGAUUAAUAAUUCACCUAAUCGCAACAUAUUAUUCAACACAAUUAUAAGUCACACUAUGAAAUAAUCGAUUAAAAUAAGAAGAUGAAUACAAAAGAAACAUUUACAAAGCUCUCAACAAUUGUCUAUUUUUUCCCAAUCUCAGGACACAUGGGAAUGCACGCUUGAAAGUAUAAUAAUGUAGCGAUGGCAAACGGCGAGACUCUGUACUAGUUUGAAGAAAAAGGCGCUUCGUACUCUAUAACGGAAAACCGUUACAUCGAUACAUAAUUGGUUUGUCGGUGUCGUUGUCAAUUGUAUUGAAUAAUAAUAUCGCAUUUUAACGGAUUUUUAGAUUAUGGUUACAAUUUAGAUUAUGUACACGAAUAUUUCAUCAAACAUUGUAAUUGUAAAUUUUUAAAUAUUUUCCAGAAAAAUUUUGUUAUUUAUUAAAUAUAAUAUAUAAAAUAAAAACAAAUAUAGAAGCAUUAAAU